GUAGUUUCCCGACUGCUAUUGUUAUUAUUAAUCAAGUUAUUGUUGGUUGUCGUAUAACUUGUUAGCUAGUCAACGUUUAGUUGGUUGUUCGCGUAUUUGGGAAUCAUAAUGAUGUCUGAAGUGGUAGCAAGGCUGUGAAAAUGGCUAGUUAGCAGGCUUUUUAACUAUCACAACAUUGUUCUUGGCAGCAGUUGGCUGAUUUAUCUUGUUUUAUUUGUAGUUUUUUUUCCUUAUCAGAUAUUCCACACGUAAAUUGGCUGAGUUAAUUUGUAAAACAAUGGCAUUAGUAAAUGCAGAUCGAAUCGAAUCGGAGCUGAACAUUUUCGACAUUGUUUGUGGAGAKGACAUAUUGGACAAGAUGUUGGAGCAGUGUCUGUGCAACAGGUUGCAGGGGGAUGAGAUAGUUCUGGAGUGGGUGGCUUUCAGCACCACCAAGGGAGGAUUGAAACUCAGUUUGAACACACUGGAUCAGUUUGAGCAUGAGGUUCUAAACAAGAAAUACAAGGCCAAGCCGGCCAUCGCAAAGCGAGAGGAAUCACACAACAGAACCAGGGAUAUCAACUCGCUGCAUGACCUAAUCAAAGCAGAAGAAGAAGAGGAGAGUCUUCUGGACUCCUAUUCCACCCCAGCUAAGGGUUCUCAGAAGCGUGCCCUGACCACCCCAGAACACCCCCAGUCUAAGAGGAGUGCAGCUCUUAUAGCCAGCCCUGGCCUGCUGCUGUGCUCAGCCAGCUUCUCCCCCAGUGCGACCCCUUCUCAGAAGUACAGUCAGCGUGGAGGUCGGGGGGAGGUGGUGUCUACAUUUGGGGCCAUCCAGGGCACACGUUGGGCGGGGAGGAAAGGGCAGAUGAAUGGGGUUCAGCUGGAGCUCCUAGAGGGAUCAGAGGACACUCUGAUUAACAACUACAAGUACAUGUUCCAAAGGCUGAGGGACGUCCGCAACGUGUUGACCGAGAAGAUUGAGGAGCUGGGAGAGGAACUGAGGACAAACUUCAACAUAGAAGAGUUCUCCCCUGUGUCUCUUCCUGCUCAGGACAGUGUGACUGUACUGGGACAGGUGUGCUGUGACAGUAAUGGGAAGCUUAACUCUCAAUCAGUGCUGUUGGAGGCAGGGCCUGAUCAGGGUGGGCGGCAGGUGCCAGUAGACCUGUCUGAACUCAGAGAAUACUCACUCUUCCCUGGACAGGUGGUCGUCAUGGAGGGGAUGAAUACCUCAGGGAGGAAGUUUGUGGCAUCUAAACUCUUUGAGGGUGUCCCUCUCCCAUUCUACUCUACUCCCAUCAAACAGGAAAUGGACAUGGACAUUCCUGAUGUUCCAGAGCAGCUGAUGGUGAUGGUGGCCUGUGGUCCCUACACCCCCUCUGACGGCCUGACCUUUGACCCCCUGGUGGACCUCAUCAACGUCAUCGCCAGGGACCGCCCUGACGUUUGCAUACUGCUGGGACCCUUUGUGGACUCCAAACAUGAGCAGAUAGAGAAAUCUCUGGUGACGGAAACGUUUGAUGCCAUCUUCUCCAGAUGUGUGGGAAGCAUUGUGGAAGGCACCAAAGGAGUUGGAUGUCGGUUGGUAUUUGUUCCCUCCCAGAGAGAUGUCCACCAUCACUUCAUUUACCCACAACCCCCUUUCAUCCUGCCGGACCUCAGCAAGGAUGACGCAAAGCGUGUGACCCUGGUGCCUGACCCCUGCACCCUGCUCAUCGAUGGUGUGACCUUUGGCCUGACCUCUACAGACAUCCUUUUCCACAUGGGAGCAGAGGAAAUCAGCUGUGCCUCUGGCUCGGACAGAUUCUCACGCAUCUUGAAGCAUAUGCUGACCCAGAGAAACUACUACCCCUUGUACCCGCCUGUGGAGGAGGUGAACAUGGACUAUGAGAAGUUCCAGGGUUACGGCCAGAUGCCCCUCAGUCCCGAUGUGCUCAUCGUCCCCUCCGAGCUACGCUUCUUCAUCAAGGAUGUGAUUGGCUGCGUGUGUGUCAAUCCUGGACGCCUGACCAAGGGCCAGGUGGGAGGGACUUACGGCAGGCUGCUCAUCCAGAGGAGCUCCACAUCGAUAGAUGGGAAGAGAGUCAGUCCCUGUGUGGCCGGCCAAGUGGUCAAGAUCUAAGCUGAUUGAAGAUUGAUUUCUGUCCCUAUCUCUCUCAUCUUCAUAUUACAAAAGUAUCUAUUCUACAACGACUAUUAAUGUAGCUAGCUGCUUACUGUAAUUUAAUUGGAUAAUUUGCUCAGUCCUGUAUGUGUUUGGUAUUCUACUGAAUCACUCCUUAUUUACAGUGGAGUUUUCCAAAGACAUGAUGAUAUUGGGCACUUCAAUGAUUAUCAGUCAUCCAUUCUGAUUCUCACACUAUUCUUGUCAAUAAAUAAUUAUUUCUCAA